GUUACAAAAAAAGGAAAAGGUUCUAAGAAAUCGAUUAGACUGCUCUUUGUUGUCGUACUAUUCCUCGUGGUAGUGGAUCACUUUCCUUGUUAAGCAAAAAAUGGCGUCAAGACAAGGGAAUCGAGAACCUCGUCGCAUUUUGAAGCCUGAUUUGUUUAUGGCUGUAGCUUUUUGGAUGGAGCAAUCGCCACUAGCGGAACGUCCAAGCGACUUCAUUAAGCAUUCUUCCUCGCCAAGCAUAAACAGUUCAGGUGCAGUUAUGGUUUUGCCCAAUGACCGAGCUUUGUCUGUUGAUUCCAGCCAUGGUGGUGUUCAUUCUGCAGUGCAUGCAAUCAAUAAGUUUGGUCAAGAGAGAGUUAAGGGAUGUAAUGUAUAUGUGUCUAGACGGCCCUGUUCGUCCUGUGCCAAGUUGUUAGUUCAGUGUGAAGUGGCCAAGGUGUUCUACUUGCCGAUAGAACCAGAACUGGAUGAUGAAGAGGAUGCUGCUAGAGUUGAUGCAAUGUUCUUGUCAUCAAAGUCCGGUUUAUCGAUCAAGAUUCCCAAGAUUGACGAUAUGAUCUUCCAAGACCGCAGAGAAUCUCCUUACCGUGAAAACACGGCCUCUCUGAGUGAAGAUGCAAGGCAGUUUGUAAGUGAUCUUCUGACUAAAUACUGGAAUGAAGAAUGGAUAAACAAAGCACAACGAGCGCUUAGGUGGCAAGCAUUUGAUGGUCUUAAGGACCAGAUUAAAGAGGAUAUCCAGAAUUUCUUCAAAUGGAUCGCUCACACAACAGUAGUAGAUGUUCCUGGAGGUAUUUGCUUUGAGGCCGUUAAGAAAACGCAGACCGGCGUUGAUUAUCACGUGAGUAGGCCUACUGAAAGCCCGCCUAAAACACAACAUUCACCAAUUCAAGAAGGGAUAUCACCUUCGCAGGACAACAAGCAUACAGGUGCGCCUGCCCCUGACAGUGAUCAAUGGCAGYUAGUUGCACUUCAUACAAGUCGAUUGGCUCAAAUGUUGUCCCAACGGAGCGAUGAUCCUACCAGAGGGGUGGGAUGCGUUUUAAUGAUUCGCAGUCGUGAAAUUGUGGCGAUUGGAUGGAAUGGUUUUCCUGCAAAGGCUUUGUAUGGCGAGUUCCCAAGAGCUUCUGAGAGUGAUGAAGCACGACUUAAGAAAGAACCGUACGUAAUCCAUGCUGAGCAAAACGCCUUGCUUACAAGGAACAAGCGAAACUUGAAGGGCAAGUGGCCAGUCCUGUUCAUCAAUGAAGUGCCCUGUGGCCAAUGUCUUCCAUUACUAAAGCAAUCUGGAGUCAACACUUUCGUAAUUCCAAAAAUUAAUGCUAAUCCUGGAGCCAGCCAGGGACAGCUCAGAUUAGUGCUUGAAAAGAAUUUUGAUUGCUUUGGGUACAAGCAUACAAGGAGAAAUAGGGAGGUAGAAAAAGUUAGUAAACAACUAGAAUUCUAAAACUUUUCAGUGUAGUUAUGAAUGCCUUUUUAAAGGUGAAAACAAUGCAUUAAAAUGAUUUUAAUACAAGGUCGGAAACUGCACGCAAAGAUUUCCAACAGUAACUCUACUUGCACUCGAUUUUUUUGUCAAAAUCCAUACUUUUGUCCACAUUUAACUGCUCCACAAUAAACAUGAAUGUCCAAGGA